UUGCUUCAGUCACCUGUGUCACCUGUCACACCUUGGACAUCAUGCAACAGUCGACGUACACCAUCUGGGGCACUCACGAUAGCCACUGCCGACUUAAGUUAGUCGACUUAAGGGUUCAUGAAAACCACGUUUCCCAUGAGACACAGGGGCUCAGCAAACAGCACCUGGUGGUGCGACGGGGGAAACCUUUCAAACUGACUCUGCUGUUUCGCAGCCGGUCAUUGAACCCUUGCACAGAGAUGCUGGUGCUGGAUGUUUCGCUAGGCCAUCUAUCAGUGAGCUUCCCAGUCCAGUUCUCUGACGAGCAAUCCGACCCACAAAACUGGUCAGCCAAAAUCUACCCAGGCGACAUACAGCCUCAGUCAGUCACCAUCCACAUCUGCUCCCCUGUUCAAUCCGCAGUGGCUCUGUAUAACCUUGUGGUCCACAUAGAGACCAUACAGAACAGAAGGAGCUAUACAGUGGGAACAUUUGUGCUGCUCUGCAACCCUUGGCUCAAAGAUGAUCCAGUGUAUAUGCCACUGGAUGCCCAAAUAAAAGAGUAUGUCAAGAGUGAUUACGGUCUGGUUUUUAUGGGCACCCAUCUAAAUGUUAGACAGCGGCCCUGGUCCUUUGGUCAGUAUGAGCCUGGGGUCUUAGAGGCGUGUCUGACGCUCCUACAGGUCAGCCCACAGCACCUCAGGAACAAAGACAAGGACUUCAGUCUACGGGCAGACCCUGUUUACCUCAGCAGGGUGAUCUGUGCUAUGGUAAACUGUAAUGAUGACCUGGGUAUCUUGGAGGGGAAGUGGCAGGGCGGCUACAAAGAUGGUAUCGAGCCUACAGAGUGGAGUGGCAGCGCCGACAUCCUUCACCAGUGGGUCUCGUCCAACUACAGCCCCGUGCGCUAUGGACAGUGCUGGGUCUUUGCGUCUGUCCUCUGCACAGUGAUGAGAGCGCUGGGAAUUCCCUCCAGGGUGGUGACAGUUUUUAAUGCAGCCCAUGAUGGAGAUGGCAACCUAAACAUUGAAGAAUGUUACUCCAGCACAGGAGAAAAGCUCAACCUCAACAAUAACGACAGCAUUUGGAACUUCCAUGUGUGGGUGGAGUGCUGGAUGAGGAGACCAGACCUCGGUGCAGGGUUUGAUGGCUGGCAGGUAGUGGACCCGACCCCCCAGGAGAGAAGUGAAGGGAUAUUCUGCUGUGGCCCCUGCCCAGUAGCUGCCGUCAAGCAACGUUGCCUCCGCGCCCCUUAUGACACCUCGUUCGUCUAUGCCUCUAUUGACGCCGACGUCAUACGGAUGAUUGUGCGCAAUGGACUGGUGGUGGAGAGGAAGGUGGACACUGAAAGCGUGGGACAGCUGAUCUGCACAAAGAGCAUUGGCUCAGACAGUCCGGAGAAUCUGACGCAGACUUACAAGAGCAAGAACAGGGGACAACCAACAGCCAGUCUAAGACACUCAGCGAGCAGUGGUCAUCAGCGGUCGUCUGAGGUCACUCGUGCAUGUUCUUUGCAGUACGCUGUAUCGGUAGUUGGAAACGUCAGGUAUACUGGAUAUACUACUCCUCAGUCCAGACAAGUGGUUGGUGACGCACGAGGAAUGUCACCCGGUUUGGAGGUAUCCCUAAGGAUAGAUGGGGUGCCGUCAGUAGGGGAGAGCAUUGUCAUGUGUGUGACGGUCAAAAACCAGUCAAGCAGCCCCAGGGUCCUGAUGGAAAACCUCAACGCUCAGCUUAAGCAAUACAACCGCAACCCACAGGAGAGUUUCUGGAGAGGACGCAAUGAAGUGCACAUACAGCCGGGUGAAGUUCUGUUGCUCCACCACACCAUCCUCCCCUCUGAGUACGAGUCGGUCCUGGCAGCGGAUGACAUUGUGAACAUGGCAGUGGUGAUAAAGGACGUGAGGACCGAAGAAAGAGCCCUGGCGAUGCAGGAGUUCAACUUAAGAUCCCUAAAGAUAACCAUAGAGAUCAAAGGAGGGGACAGCAUCCAGAUAAAGAGGGAGCACAAAGCCCAAGUGUCUUUCAUCAACAAACUUUCCAAAACUCUGGAUGGAGUUGUGCUGACUGUAGAGGGAUCUGGCUUGUUACAGGGCAAACAGGAAGCCAGAAUGAUUUCCCUGCAGCCAAACGAGAAGAUAGAGAAGACGGUGUCCAUCAUGGCAACUUCACCUGGCACUAAACUGCUGAUGGCCACUUUAUCACACAGCAACAGCACCAACAUGGUUUCCAGGAGCUUCCACAAAGUCUCUGUCAUUACUGCAUGACACUGAAGAGUCUGUCCUCCCAAGAAGCUUCAGCAACAAGAAAUUAAUUUCUUUCCACUGAGACAUGCAGGAAGUUCGCUUCA